AAUAAAACUAUUAAAUAUAAUUAAAUGAGAAUGGAUACUUCGGCGCAAAAUGCUAGCCAUACGAAGCCAGCACGAAAAACUAAUGAAAAUAUACAAGUUUAUGUGCGCGUCAGACCUCUUAAUGCUCGUGAAAGAUGCUUACGUUCUGCAGAAGUUAUAGAUGUUAUUUCGCCCAAAGAAAUUGUUACCCGUCAUACAUUGGAGUCGAAAUUGACGAAAAAGUUCACAUUUGACAGGGCAUUUGGAUCGGACUCUAAGCAAGUUGAUGUUUAUACAUCAGUGGUGGGACCUUUAAUAGAUGAAGUGUUGUCCGGUUAUAAUUGUACAGUGUUUGCCUAUGGACAAACGGGUACGGGUAAAACCCACACUAUGGUGGGCAAUGAGUGUGCUGAAUUAAGGGCAUCAUGGGAGGAUGAUUCUGAUAUUGGCAUCAUACCACGCGCUUUAUGUCAUCUCUUCGAUGAAUUACGGAUGAUGAAGGUGGAGUUUUCUAUGCGCAUUUCUUAUUUGGAAUUGUACAAUGAGGAGCUGUGCGAUUUACUGUCAUCCGACGAAAGUACUACCAAAAUACGCAUCUAUGAUGAUAGUACUAAAAAAGGUUCCGUAAUCAUACAGGGUUUGGAAGAGAUUCCCGUACACAGUAAAGAUGAUGUCUAUAAGCUUUUGGAAAAGGGCAAAGAACGUCGUAAGACUGCAGCCACAUUAAUGAAUGCUCAGUCUUCACGUUCCCAUACAGUUUUCUCAAUAUUGGUGCACAUUAAGGAGAAUGGCAUGGAUGGCGAGGAAAUGUUAAAAAUUGGCAAAUUAAAUUUGGUGGAUUUGGCGGGCAGUGAAAAUGCUUCAAAGGCAGGUAAUGAGAGGGGUAUACGUACCAGAGAAACGGUGAAUAUUAAUCAGAGUUUGUUGACAUUGGGUCGAGUUAUCACCGCCUUAGUGGAGAGGACACCACACAUACCAUAUCGUGAAUCAAAGUUGACACGUUUAUUGCAGGAAUCUUUGGGUGGUCGCACAAAAACCUCAAUAAUUGCCACUAUAUCACCUGGCCAUAAGGAUAUAGAAGAAACUCUCAGCACCCUGGAGUAUGCCCAUCGUGCCAAGAAUAUACAAAAUAAACCCGAAGUAAAUCAAAAAUUAACAAAGAAAGUCAUUCUAAAAGAAUACACAGAAGAAAUUGAUAAACUUAAGCGCGAUUUAAUGGCAGCUAGAGAUAAAAAUGGUAUUUAUUUGGCUGAGGAAACCUACACAGAGAUGACACUUAAAAUGGAUUCACAAAAUCGGGAACUAAACGAAAAAAUGCUCUUGCUGAAGGCCCUAAAGGAUGAAUUAUCCUCAAAGGAGAAAAUUUUCAAUGAAGUCAGUAUGAAUUUGGUGGAGAAAACAGAAGAACUCAAUAAAAUUGAACAAAAUCUGGUGAAAACUACAGGAAAUCUAAAGGAAACGAAAAAGAUUUUACACACCACUAAAAGACGCUACAAAGAGAAGAAAGUUUUGCUAGAGUCUCAUGUAAAAACAGAAGAAACUUUAAAAAAUCAAGCCACACAAAUAUUGGAAGUUGCCGAUAUUGCCACACAGGAUACAGAAGCAUUGCAUAAAACUAUUGAUCGUCGCAAGGAUGUAGAUGUAAAAAUUCAAACCGCCUGUGAGAGAUUCAGCGAACGCAUGAGUGAUAAUUUUGAAUUAUUGGACGACAAUCUAAAAGAAUUUCAAUGUCAACAACAAACUUGUUCUUAUGAUGUUCUACAAGAAUUAAACAAAAUCACAUUUGUUCAGUCGGAUCUCUUGGGCAAUACCAAAAAGAAACUUCUUGAUAUUGAUCAUUUAUGUGACCAUUUCUUAACAAAAUCCUCUUCCUUAGAAGAAUUGUUCACAAAUUCCCUUAAACAACUAAAUGAUGAACAACAAUCGAACGUUCUACGAGUACUAGAAGAACUGAAAGAAAAGGAACACAAAUUUAAGCAACAAAUCAAAGAAAAUCUUUCGUCGCUGGAAAUGUACAAUGAACAGCAGAAAUCUUCGUUGGACUCAAUGCGUGAAAGAAUAAUAGAGAAAUUUACUGUGAAUAAAACAGAACUAGAACAACAUACGGACAAAGUAAAUGCCACCAUGGAUAGUAUAAAGCAAAAAUCUUUAGAAAACUUACAAGAACUACAAAAAAUCACCAGCAAUAUAAAUGAGGAACGUUGCUUAAUGGAAGAAGAGCAAAAACUAUUGGAAGAAUUUCAAAAAAAUAUGAAAACUUUACAACAAAAACGCACCGAACUCACCGAGCAUAUAUGUGAUAAUGUAAAAAAUAUAGAAAAUAGUCAACAACACAUCAUUAACACUUCUCAAGGCAUCUCAGUUCUGAAUCAGAAAUAUCUAAAUAAUCGUACAACGGACUUCAAAACAAAUUGUUCUCUAGUGGAGUCUUUAACUAGCUCAGCAGAACUUUGUAUAGAUCAAAGUGUGGCCAAAUGUUCGACCAUCAAUAUACAACUGGACAAUAUGCUGCAGGAAACCCUCAAACAAACUCAAACAAUUUCCCAGGGACAAACCGAGUAUCACAAGGACUCUACAGCAAAAUCUCAACAAUAUGAAAAUGAAUGUAAACGUUUACGUUUUGAAAAUUGUGCAAAAAUCAAAACAACUACGGAGCAUGUUUCCCUAACGUUGGAUGAUCAUGCAAAAUGUGUGAAAGAACAUUUGACCACUUUGAAGAACACAAAUUCUUCGCAACAAACUUCUUUACGAGAUUAUACGCAAUUGUAUAAACAACAAAUGACGCACUGUGUUAAUGAUUUGGAAUCGUUUAGGCGUAGUGAAUUGAAAACCUAUACAGCCACGGGCGCUACACCGUCGAAAAAAGAAUUCUCUUAUCCGAGAGUUUUGGCGGAAACCUCGCCACAUACACGUAUUGUGAAACGUUUUCGGCAGGAGAAUGAGUGGUCUGAUUUGGAUACAACAGUGCCCAUCGAUGAGGAAAAUGAAGGUGAUAUUGAAGACGGCAUUAUUUCCAUACAAGACAUAUCAGACGCUGAGACGAUUUUGAAUUCAACACCCAAAUGUUCAAGCAGUAAAAAACGCACUUCCAACACAUUAAAAGUACCGCUGGCCAAUUCCCGUAGUAACUCACGCAGUAAUUCACCAGCAUUUUUAAAGGAAAACAAGGAAAAUAUUGCGUAAAUUUAAAUAUAAGUUUAAUUUCACUUUAUCAAACUACAUAGUAUAUUUUAAAUGUUAUUUUAGUUUUGAGUUUUAAGUAAGAUUUUAUUUCAUUGUAUGUAUUGCAGUUUUGUUUUGUAUAUAUAAAAAUACAUUUUGUGUGUAAGAUUUUCCUAGCAUCUCUGCUAUAAUGUUACAUAAAAUGGCACUCGGCAUUAUUACCCAUAUUCGAUUUAAUUUUAUUUUUAUUUGUAUCUUUUUGCAAAAAUACAUUUUUCUUUAUUCUUUUUUUUUCAAAUUCAAACUAAGUUUUCUUCAUUUUUCAUUUUCUUUUUUAAAUGCUUGAUGUACAUAUAGUUGUAAAUAAAAGCUGAAUAAAUACAAUUUUUAAUACACAUAAAUUAAUUAACAAAAUAA